UCUCAUCUCAACAUUGGCUGACAGAAUGGUGCCUACUGGGAAAACAAUGCUAUACCGUUUGCAGAUUCCCUUCUAGAGAAAGACUUAGAAUUUAUUGGAUAAAAUUGGUGAAGCAAUAUGGACGACCGAACAGUGGAUUUGAUAUUUCUCGGCUCACUCGAGAGUCUGCCACCUGUUAGCUCCAAAAUUGUGCGCAUAUUCACGAGUUCGACUUUCACAGAUACAACAAUGGAGAGAAAUACUCUGAUGGCACAGUGUUAUCCGAAAAUCAAGGACUACUGUCGUGAAAAACACGGCUUGGAGUUCCAGGUAGUGGACAUGAGAUGGGGAGUGAGAGAUGAAGCCACCGACGAUCACAUGACUACAGAACUAUGCAUGAGGGAAAUCCAGAACUGUCAACGUUUAUCAAUGGGUCCUAACUUUGUGGUAUUUCUGGGUCAGAAGUAUGGCUACCGUCCUAUCCCCACCUACAUCCUCAGCUCAGAACUGCAGAUGCUCCGGGACGAGUUGGCCAACGGUGGUACGGAUGUCACCCUACUGGACAUGUGGUACAGGAAGGAUAGCAAUGCAGUGCCGCCCAUAUCAGUGUUGCAGCCCAUAUCGUCCAUUCUGAUCAACUUUAAUAACAAGAGGAUUCCGAAGCUACAGCAGCAUGACCAAGCAGUAUGGUGGGACACUCUUGGAAAAAUGCAAAAGCUUCUGAGAAAAGCUGCCGCCCAGCUGUUUAACGCUGGCAAAAUUCCAAAGGAUAUUAUGCACAACUACUUCAUGUCAGUGACAGAGAGAGAAGUGAUAAACGGAGUUCUGAAUGUGAAGAACACGAAGAACCAUUGCCUGGCCUAUGUGCGCUACAUAAACAACAUCAAUCUUCAGAAUCUGAAGAAGGCUUCACUGUUUCUGGACAUAAUGAAUCGAAGCGUGGACAUUGAGGCCUCCCGACUGCUCGCCAAUUUGAGAGAUGAAAGACUGACUGCCAAGAUAGAAGCUAGCAACUAUCAAAGGUACACGAUAGAAUGGAUCGGGCGUGAAGGCUUGGACCCAGAGACACACGAAGAGUAUUUGCAGCAUUUUAUCACACAUUUCUACAAGAAUAUAGUGAAACUGGUGGACCGCGCCAUGAGAAAGGAGGACUCUUCACCACAGGGACAAAUUGUCACUGAAAUCCUGCAACAUCUGCAUGCGUGCAACAAUUCUGUCAAGGUAUUCUACGGCAGAGAAGAGGAACUGAUCCGCAUCGAGCAGUACAUGAAAGGGUUGUCAGACAAACCCCUGGUGUUGUACGGUGAGGGAGGUUGUGGCAAGACAUCCCUGCUGGCAAUGUCGGCCGGCCUCAGUUCGACCAAGUGGUUCGCGGGUGCCAAACCAAUCUGCAUCAUCAGAUUCCUGGGCACCACACCUGACAGCUCGGCCCUCACGCCCACCCUCAUAUCCAUCUGUCAACAGAUCUCUUACAACUACAUGCUGCCGUUCGAGGACAUUCCGGAUGACCUGGUGCCUCUGACGGCGCACUUCAAGCACCUGCUGACCAUUGCCACCCCCCACCAGCCCCUCAUCCUCUUCCUCGACUCGGUCGACCAGAUGACCGGCGCCCAGGACUCCAACAAUGUGUCAUGGCUGCCCACCCGGUUGCCGCCCAACUGCAAGGUAUCACCACAGAUGUGGAUGAAGACGGGGCACCGAGAUUUGACCAACUACCAGUGGCGUCUUGUGGCCAACGCAAUAGACAAAUGUUCGCUGCCCAUUUUCGUCAAACUGGUCUUCGCCGAGAUCUGCAGAUGGCGCAGUUACACCAAGCCUCAGGACACGCAUCUCGCAUCUACCGUCAUGGACUCUAUCAUGCUGCUCUUCGAACGGGUCGAGAAACAGCACGGCCGACUACUAGUGUUCCACGCGCUGGCCUACAUCACAGCGGCCAAGUCGGGUCUGUCGGAGUCUGAGCUGGAGGAUCUGAUCUCCCUGGACGACAAGGUGUUGGAUGACGUCUAUCAGUACCACAUGCCUCCCGUGAGGCGCAUCCCGCCCCUGCUCUGGACCCGCAUACGCAACGAUCUGCCAAACUACCUCAGCGAACGCGAGGCCGACGGAGUCAGUGUGCUCAACUGGUAUCACAGACAAUUCCGAGACACGGCCAAGGAGCGUUACUUCAAGAAUGUGAAUAUGGCGCUUUACUUCCAUUCUUCGAUUGCUGACUAUUUCCUGGGCAUAUGGGGAGGUGGAGUUCCUAAACCGUUCAAGUACACUGAGAUACAGAGACACAGAUUCAACUUGGCUGAUAAAGAGGGAUCAGCUGACAGGAAAGUGCCAGUCCAGCCGCUAGUGUUCUACUCAAAGGAUGGGAAAGUCACCAGAUACAAUCUGAGAAAAUUUGGCGAAAUGCCAUUUCACUUGGUGCGUUCGCGUCGUUUCAAGGACUUGUAUGAGAAUGUACUGUUUAACUACAAGUGGCUACAUGCCAAGCUGUCCUCGUGCCCCCUGCAAGCGGUGCUCAGUGACUUCGAAGACGCAUGCGCCAAUAUUGAUGACCGUGAAGCUACUAGGGAGCUAAUGCUAGUGGCAGAUGCACUUCGCCUUGGGGGGGCCAUUCUCAGUGUGUACCCUGACAUGUUGGCCCCUCAGCUGGUGGGGCGUCUGCUGCCUGAGAUAGGCACCAACCCCAAUGUGAAGAUGCUGCUGCAACAGUGCGACCAAUUCGGCCCGGAGAACUGCGCCCUUCUGCCAUUCUUCCACUGUCUGCAUACGCCUGGCGGACCCCUCAAGUACUCGCUGGAAGGCCACCAGUUUGCCGUCUUUGACUUCCGUAUGACGGACGACUAUCGCUACAUCGUGUCCAUCUCCAACAAGUUCAUCACGUGGGAUCUGUCGACGAGCGACCUGACGCGUGACGUCAACCCUGGCCUCGAGGGCAUCAUGCAGCGUCUGUGUCUCUCACCCGACAACCGGUUUGCUGCCGCCUUCACCAAUAACAAUCAGACGGUACUGCUGAACAUGCUGACCAGUGAGUAUGUGAUCCUGGACAAUCCACUUCCAGAUGACGAGGAGGUGGUCGGCCAUUUUUUGCUCAAUUCGCACCUAUUCAUCCACGGCCAUGCCAACUGGUGUCGAUUUGACAUGCGCGGCAAUCUGGAAGCCAGGACACCAAGCCCUGAGAACCCGGGUCAAUGGCCGAUGCUAUCAAUGGAAUUUGACAGUCUGGACGAUUAUCGCCUGGUAUUCUGGUCUGGAUCGCUCGAUGACUCAUCUAUGAUGCUGCAUAGCUAUCGACCUGAGGCCAAUAUCGAGCCUAUCAACUUUCACAAUGGCAUGGUUCUAUCGAGAGACAGAACUCGCUUGUUCUGUUGCACAGAGGAGGGCAAUUUCAGUGUGACCGAGUAUUCGGCUCCAAGAGGUGCCAAAACCUGGACUAAAGUCAGGCGACUACCGUCAACUUACAACGACCGUGUAGAAACCCUUCUGCAGCUGAAACUAGACAAGGCCGAAGAAAGUGUUCUGGGCAGUACGGCCAACGGAUUUGUGGUCUGGCAGGUGGCUUCCGAACGAGUGGUCGUGCUCAUUACUCACGGGUGUGCGCAAAUAUCCACGCGCAUGUUGCAGUCCAACUCAUGCAUGUUGUCCGCUGCUAACGACUAUGUGGUCGCAGGUGUCAGGAAAAACCUGUACGUAUGGACUCUGGACAAGGGCGAUCUUGUAAAAGUGCUUGAUGCGCACUUUGGACGAAUCAUCUCCUUGGAGGCGCUGACUGUCGGCAACUGGAACUCGGUGAUUACGUCAUCAAUCGACCGCACCGUCAAAGUGUGGAACAUCAACAAUAUCUUCGAGCAAGUGCACGUCAUCGACAGACAUGAAUUGCAGGUCGAUUCUAUCAGCAUUUGCCAGGCAUCAGGUAUAGCGGUAACAGUAACCCGUGGCUCAGUUGGCGUGUGGGAUCUGCAGAUAGGAAGGCUCAUCACUCAGUUGGCAGAUAGUCCUUUGGGCGCCAUUGUCACCCAUGCUCUCAUCACUCCCGACGGCAGAUACAUAAUAUCGUCGGAAUCAGGCAACGUGUUGGUGUGGAACCGACUGACAGAGCAGGUGAUCAGCAAGCAAGAACAGCCAGGCAUCAAACAGCUGACUUUCCUCGAGGAGUCUGGGUCGAAGAUUUUCGCCAUUUCAAGGCCAUCGGGCGCUGAAGGACAGUCCAAGGUCACUGCUACCGGCAUUGCUCGCACUAUUCCAGACGGUAACAAGCUGUUCUCGUUCGACUACCCUGUGAGGGCAGCAGCCGGCCUGGGCUUCAAGGAGGCAGUGGUGACCGCCGAUGGUGCCAGCAUAGUGGUGCUGGCGGCCGACAAGGGACACCGCGAAGCUGUGCAUGUGUUCAGUGCCAAGAAUGGUGCACUCCUGUCCAAGAUACCCAUCAAGAUACCUGGUGUCAAGGAAGUCUCGUUCCUGGUAGCCAUGCCGAACCGCGGUAAUCAUGUGGCUAUGGUCGACCUUGAGAAGUCCACCAUUUUGGAUUUGAAAACGAAACGGCCGGCAAGGGCGAUUCCACGAUGGGGUGGUAUUUGCACCAGAGAUGGAAAGUACGGCCUCUAUGCCCCUUCCAGGGGAGGACUUGAGUUGGUGGAGUUGAAGAAAGGUGCCACAGUGAAGACAUUCAUCCCGAAAGUGGCGGAAGGAGUCUUCACAGUGAUCUGCAUGUUUAACAAGACUGACGAAUAUGUUCUCUACUACCACAGCGGCAAGAAAACACUGCGAGUGUUCAGGACGGGUGACGCCGAGAUGAUAGCCAACUUCCGGGUGCAGGCGGAACUGAGUGCCGUGGAGAGUACGGAUGACGGACGGGCGAUCAUCCUGGGCACAGUAGACGGGUGCGUGUCGGUGCUGGCCAUAGCGGAUCCGGCCAAGCCUGAGAUGCGACAGUUUUUGGCCAAUCUGCCUUCACGCGAUGUCGAGUGGAAGAAGAAGCUCGAGCGACAGAGAGCGACCAAGCGUUUCCGAGCGGCCGGCUCUCUGGCCAAGCUGUGUGCCAAGCUCUAUGAUGACGUCAGUGGUGGCAGUGAGGAUCGUGACGACGAGGAAGCUGACUAUACACAGGACAACAUCAUCUCUACCAAUUAGACUAAACGCAGUACAGAGGCCGCACACUUCUUCAAGAUUAGAUUGAAUAGUCUUUUAUUUAUUUCGACUUUAUAAUUUAUAUUUUAUUUUAUUGACCGAGCGGAGUGAGGUCUAAGAAUCAAGUCGACGGUUUUGCAUUUCUAUUUAUGAUUAUA